AUGACCAAGAGUUAUGCUCCGGCGAGAUGGGGCCUCACCGACAUGUGCGGGAUGUAUGAAGUUCCUGCUGAUGCUCUGCAAGAUCCGUACAUACUGAAAGAUUACCUUUGGAGGCUGCAAACUAUGGGUUGGACAAAUCGGAAGGACUUUGAAGAAGCUUGGAUGGCUUUGCUUGCUGUUUGUGGGGUAUCUGUGAAUGCUUGUUGUGGCGGAGGAGCUGGAGAUUGCGAAGACACCGAUGUGGACAUGCCAGUUUUAGCGCGCUCUGGUUCGUUGAGUCUUUCUGGUCUGACGGGACUUCUACAACAGACCUUGUUAUCUCCUAGUCCGGGUUUCCCCCUCGCGUCAUCCAACACGAAGUAUGAAAAUUACACAGACAGGAUUCGCCCAUCAAAUGCCGGUGUGACAAGUGCACCCUGGAUUCGUCGUAAUCAUGAACCAGCUGAUCCUGCGUCGCUGGAUUUCGUAAUCGGUAAUCUGAAGCAUGGACGUGGCUCUACGCCAGGUUCUCCGAUUGGAAGUAGUUGGGCUACGAAGCUUCCUCCUUGGACUGGACCAGGAGAAAGUUUAAGCGCUGAGAGGAAGCGCCGUCUGUUGGCACUAGAAGUUCUCACUUUGCAUCUCGUCACCGAAUUCGGACAAGCGCAAGUUCUGCACGACUCAUUCAUUUCUUUCCGGAGAAACUAUCUGAACCUGGAAGAUGAACUCGUUGUACCCUACCUUGUAUUGGGCUUAUCGGGAACAACCGCAGUGCUUGCUGCAAAAAGUAUCGGAAAUUACGAGAAAGGAAAAUUGGGUGAAUUCCCUGAACCAACGAGCGCGGAGUCGGCUGGCUGGGAAGUUAUGAAGGAGUGUGUUACGGUAUCUUUGCGAGGGAUUCCGAUUGCAUGUCAGGUUUUCGGAUUGAAAGCUUGUCAGAGCCUCAUGCAAACGAAAUGGGCAAAGCUAGUCUUCAUGAGUGUUUUUCCUAUUCUACCGGAUUAUUUGCGGCUCAACCUUAUCGGUGCUUCUAUGGCUGGCAGUUAUUUAAACGAGCACCACGUGAAGACCGUGUGGGAAACUGCAUUCAAACUUUUGCAAGAAUUUUCCGGACUUAUGGCCGACUCCGACCUACAGACACAAAUUCACGUUGUAUGCCUGGAAGUUAUAUCCUCGGUUGAACGAAUUUCUCCACCGAUUUUAUCACUGAUGCAGGGUGUAUUGCGGCUGGCCGACGUGCGAACGCUUGAUAUCGCCACAAGGGAUCUGCUCAUUAAAGUUUGCAGUCGUCAUUUUGGUCGUAUCCCACUUUCUGUAGCUGUUCCUAUGUCUGGGGUGCAACUGGUUUUGCUUGAAACUUAUGAAAGUCUUCAGAGUGAAAGCUGCUCCGAUAUCGCGAAAGAACACGUGAGCGAUGAAAUUGCGCUUGUAGCCCAAGAAUGGGUUAAUCAUAUAUUUGCGAGGCUCGGUACCCGUUCCUCGAGGGAAGCGCUGGAGUGGGCUCGAAUUUUACCCAGAUUACCUGACACGCUGAUACCAACGUCGGAACUGGUUAACAAGCUGCUUUCUGAAUUCAUAUCCAGUAAACAAGGGAACGUUGAGUCCGUUGCCCGUGUCCUCGUUCAGAUUCUCAGGAAGAUUUCGACAGAUGAAGCCAUUGAAUGGUGUCUGCUGAGUGUUGGUGCAUUCUUGCAACGAUCUCCACUACCUGUGGCUCUUUGGUUUGUCACUACUCUUCUUUUGGGAGCCCGAGUCGCCCUGCGUCAACGAGAUGAUCCUACUGAAACCAUUUUGGCAAUCUUGCUGGAAUGGCAUCUAUCACGUUCUCCGGAGAAUUUCAAGCUCGGAGAUUUCUGGAUCGUAUAUAUUUCCGUGUCAUCAUUUCUAACUUUGCUGGACGCGAAAGAAAAAGUUGACAUGGUGGCGAGUGCUUUUGCUAGUGUCUGCGUGGACAGGGACCCAGAAGACGACGAAUUUAUGCCAUCGCUUACCCGUCUGCUUACCGUUAUAAAGCAGAAUCUUUGAAAGGAAAAACACAUUCGAAUUAUGUUCAUGAUGCAUGGAACAAAAGGAAAAUGGAAUUUGUAUUCAUCAAUGUGCCUAAAUUCUGUGAUGCGCUUUCCCCCGAGGACCCGGAAGACUGGAAUUGAAUUUUGUCUAUUUCGGUUCAAUUGACCGAACUAAGAAAGUAUGAGCUUCGAAAGUGUUUCUAAUGAAAAAAUCAAACGAUUUCUGCGUCUGAAUGUACGAAAUAAAAUCGUACGAAGCGAGACAGUAUGCUCAGUUUCCUUGAAAAUUUCGCCGUGUCUCGAAUCAUGUCGCCCUCCUCAAAAUUUGAUUCACUUGCUAGUUCGGUUUCAGUCUCCUUCGCUACUGAGCGAAAUAAGGG